AUGAAUUCGCGUGUUGAUCAUUAUUAAAAGACUUUCUAAAUCAAUAAAAAGAACUUAGAGUAGUUUGUAGAAUAAUGUAAUUGUAUGAAUUAUAUAGUUUAGAAAUGUUGUAUGAUAAUUUUAAAUAAUUUACAAGUGAUGAAGGAGAAGAUGAAGAUUAAAGUGAGUAAAUGUUGUGUUAAUAUUUUCUAGUAUUUUAGGGUGACAAAAUCAUAUUAUAUUAUAAAGGACAAUAAUACUUAUUCCCAUUGAGUAUUAUGGCAUUGUCUUCUUUAGAAAAUGUAAAUGAGAUAUAAUAUAAUAGGUCUUUUCUCUAGAGAAUUUUACACAACAAGAGAUUGAUUCCUUAUGUUGUUUAUUACCUGAAGCUGAUUUACAAUUAUUCUAAGAUGUGAUAGAAGGCAAUAAAAAUUUUCAUUUCGGAAGCCCAUUAAAUAUUUUCCUAAUGAAAAUGAAAAGUGGAUAUUUUACCAGAAAUAAAGAAAUUUGUGAUAAAUUAGAACAGAAAAUCUCAAAAAAUCAUUUGAAUGAAUACUAUUCAAAUCUAUAUGACAGUUUUCAUAAAGAUCAGAACAGAAUUUAGAAUGCACUCUAAAGGAAAAAAAGAAUAAUAUUUUAAAGAUCUCCAGCAUCAAUUUCUGAAGAUGAUGAAAUAAGUAAAUAAAUGAAAUUAGAUGAUAAUGAAGAAUUAGAAGAGGAAGGGUUUUCAACAUAAACAUCUCAAUCAUAAUCAUCAGCCAAUGUUUAAUAAUAUUCCUUAUAACCUCAACCUCAAAUCCAAUAGUAAUUUAUACCAUCAGCCUAAUCCUUAUUUAUUAUUACUCCUAUAACACCAUUACCACCAUUAACAUCAACUUCAGUUGCUACAACAGCAAUGACUUUGGCUUUGAUGCAAGCUAAAAAAUCAAUAAAAUAAUAGAAUAAAAAUCAAACAUAAAAUGUUUAAGAGUCUAAUAUUCCUAAUGGAUAAACUAAUAGAGAAUGGUUAGAGUUCUAUUGGAAAUAAGAAAGAGAAAGAUAUUAAAAUCCCCUUCAACCUUAUACAUUUACUUGCAUAGAUGGUUCUAAAGUAACAGUUGCACCUGUGGCUAAGAAAUUAAUAUCAGGAUCAAGUUAAAAACCAAGAUAACAUGAAUUACUUAAGAAUGAAAGACCUACCUAUGUUACUAUAUUAUCUCUUGUAAGAGAUGCUUCAGCAAGAUUGCCAAAAGGAUUUGGAACAAGAGCAGAUAUUGUCAAUUUAGUAAGAGACUCUCAAUACAUAAAUGAGAAUUUACCAGAAGAAAAAAUGAGUUCUAUAAUUUCAGGAGCUUUAGAUAGAUUACAUUAAUCUACUGAUCCAUGUGUUAAAUAUGAUUAAGAAAAAAAAAUAUGGAUGUAAUAUAUUAUUAUAAGAAUUUUUAGUUAUUUACAUCAUGAUAGAGAUUCUUCUUAUCCUGAAUGGCAGGUGGCUACUCCUGCAAAAAAUAAUAGUAAUAAGAAAAAGGGUUAAUUCAAAGAUGAUUAAGAAAAUUGA